CAUGUCUUUGCUGCUCAACACCAUGGAGAAACAUGUUGCUGAGAUUUUUAGCUACUACAAUUCUUCAUGUGAGCUUUGGAAAGCAUUGCAAGAUAUGUAUGGAAAUCAAAACAACUAUGCACGUGUCUUUCAACUUAAGAAGGACAUAGCCAGUGCCCAACAAGAAGGGAAAGCAUUUGUUCAACAAUUGUUGGGGAGUUUGAACUCCGAGUACGAGGAUCUAAGGAGUCACAUCUUGAUGAGUCAGGAGCUUCCCACGUUCAACAAUGUCUGUGCAACUAUCCAACGAGAAGAAGCAAGAAAGAAAGUGAUGAAUGCUGAGCACAACUCGAGAUUGACUGAGACUCGUGCAUAUGCCUCAAACUACAAGACCUUAGAGGCAAAAGUGUACAAGGGUAAAAAUACACACCUGAAAUGCAAAUAUUGCAAUGGCGUUGGUCAUGUGGAAGACAAGUGUUGGGAACUUCAUCCUGAACUCAAGCCUAAGUUCAGCAAAGAUGGAAAAAUGAUACCAAGGUCCUCACAGCAAUUUCAACCUCACUACAAGGCUCAACUUGCCAAUGCUCAUCCCUCUACUAUCUCACAAGGAUCCAUGGAGUUCACUACCAACCCAUUAUCACUUAUCAAUGAGUUUGCAGCUUACCUUCAAAGUAAGGAACACGAAGGAGGUUCACAAGCUUGAGGCAAUGAAAAGAGCAGUCAUACAGCCAUGUUGGGACAGUUUGCUGGCUUUCUUGCUGGAAAUGAGAAAGUCCCAAAGGAUGAAGCACCAGGAUGUUCUCACCAUGAAGAUGAUUGGUGAAGGGGUCUUUAUAAAUGGACUUUACUACCUGUGCAAGAAUACCUGUUUUACUCAGGCCCUUCAAGCUCAAUCAAAGUCCGUAGAUGAAAACCAACUUUGGCAUAAGAGAUUAGCUCAUCCCUCUGAAGUUAUCUUGUCUAAAUUAUUUCCAAAUUUUUGUAAAAAUCAUGUUACUUGUGAUACUUGUCAACUUUCUAAGUUUACUAGACUACCUUUUGGUAAUUCAAUGUCUAGGACAAGUAAACUCUUUGAAAUGGUGCACACCGAUGUAUGGGGACCAACAACUGAAUCAAUAGAAGGGUUCAAGUACUUUGUUCUAUUUAUCGAUGACUUCUCUCGAA